CCUUAUGAAUAUGCAUGAUGUCACCGCUGUGGGAGUUGCCCUGGUUGGCUCCACUAGUGUUUAAAUUUCAGCAUGUGCCCUCAUCUCUCUGCCUGCGAAUGUCUGACCGGGCCGAAUCCUGACAAAAAAGUCUGGGGUGUGCUUCAAAAAAAACCAAACAACACAAUAUGGAAACCAUUGGCGAAAUCAUCCCAUUUGCUAAGGAGAUGCUGAACCAGAGGCCCAGCCGAGGCAUCCUGAAGAUCUACAUGCUCGGCUCCACUCUGGCGAUGCUCGGAGUAAUUGGCGGACUGGUGGAAACAAUUCUCCUGCCAUUUGUGGAGGACGAGACUGUUGAGGAUACACCAGCAGAGCUGAUCAUAGAGAGGAAGAAGGAGAAGAAGCAGGUGCUGAAGUCACACACUACCUUGAUCCGCCCUGAGGUUGUGGAUGUGCUGGAGUCAGUAGUGAUUGAAGUCAAGGCUAAACAUCUGGUGACUGCUGGGCAGAGAAGCUCAGCCAACCGCUUACAUGCUUCUUAAAGAAACUUUCCCCUCUUGAUAUAAAUGGACGUGACACUUACAAUGUUGGUGGAAGUGGUGGUAAAUUAAAUCACCAUGUUGAACUGGUCAUUUUGUGCUCAUUCUUUUGUUUCAGAUUUUGUCUAAAACACAACUUGUGCCUGUUGACUGGUGAAAAAUGAGAUACAUAAAUGUACUCAAAACUGCAGGGUGCAGUGAGGUCUGGCUGCUGGGCAGCAGAAACUUGUGGAUGCGACUUGAUGAAUGUGUUGGGAAAAAAAUGGAAUGUGUGUGAUUUGAUUCGUUUUGCACUCAAAUAAAGAUAUUUUCAGCUGCAAA